AUUAUUCAUGGGAGACAAUGCACGGUGGAUGUGCAUUUGAGGCGCUCAUUUGUGAGGAGCAGAUCCCGUCACUGAGUAUUGACUCAUUUUGCCCCGUUAUAAAACCUCGUAACCCUGCGUCUCCGCUCUCUCAUUAUCUCUCUCACUCUUCACUCUCGUGUUUGUGGUUGCAAUGGCGAGUACCGAUCCCGAGCACAGAGAAGACGAAGAAGCCGCGGCAGCAGGCGAAGAUGAAGACACUGGCGCACAGGUUGCCCCAAUUGUCAAGCUCGAAGAAGUCGCCGUCACCACUGGCGAAGAAGAGGAGGAUCCCAUUCUUGAUCUGAAAGCAAAGCUUUACCGGUUCGACAAGGAUGGAAACCAAUGGAAGGAAAGAGGUGUUGGGACUGUAAAGCUUUUGAAACACAAAGAAUCGGGGAGGGUCAGGUUGGUUAUGCGGCAAUCAAAGACUCUCAAGAUCUGCGCUAACCAUCUAGUUCUGCCCACAAUGUCAGUACAGGAGCACGCUGGAAAUGAAAAGUCGUGCCUCUGGCAUGCUACUGAUUUUGCCGAUGGGGAAUUGAAGGAUGAACUCUUCUGUAUUCGAUUUGCAUCAGUAGAGAACUGCAAAACCUUCAUGGAAACGGUUCAAGAGGUUGCUGAAACCCAAGGGAAGAAAGAGGAAAAUAAAGAAGCCACUGCAACUGCUGGACUCCUUGAGAAGUUGAGUGUUGGGGAGGAAAUAACCAAGGAUAAAACUGGAGAAGAGGUGGUUGAUGCAGUCAAGAAGGAAGCUGAUAGUGAGCAGGCGAAACCAGCAGCAGAGGAAAAGAAAGAGGAAUCAACUUCCUCAGCCUAGGUCCGCUGGGAGUACGCAAAUUCUGGGUUGUCUUCAAUGAGGCUAGUGGUCUGUCCUCUUUCCUACAGAUCUUUGGUUUAAUACAUACACAAUUAUUUUUCAAUUCAUUGGGAUCUGUGGGUGGAAAUGGUGUCAGUGUGGGUCGUUUGGUGUAAGUCUUGUCAACAAAUUCAUUGGAAUUGGGUCCAUUGCAUGUUGAGGGGUCUGGGUUCUUAUUGUGUGCAAGUUGUCAUGUGAGGGUACGGUUAGAAGUUUUUGAAAAAAAAAGUGUUCAUUUUGGAGGUUUCCUUUGAGGGCUUAUCUGUAAGUUGCUUGUGCAGUUUUGCUCCAGAGGCUAUGUUGCACUAAGAUUAAUAUAUUUUUAAACAGCGAACUUUUUAUUCGAAGUUCA